UUCUCUAAUCUUGUUGCCGUUAGCAAUGACGAAAGACGUAGACGGACGAGCGGCGCUCGACGUUCGGAUGAAUUUCGGUUAAAGACUCUGGUUAGAUCCGGUGAAUGUCGUGCUUACGCGCGUCUCACGGUGCUUAGCAUGUAACGCGAGAACGAAAAUGACGAUCGCGUGGUGCGUGAUGCCGAUGGAUACCGCGGAAACGCACGGCUCCAGAUUGCCAUCCACGCUGCCAUCUUGAAUCAGCUGUCAAGCAGACGAUACGCAGCGUUUAGCGCAUUAUUUGAUUUCCGGAGGGACAUGGAAAUAUCUGAAGGCGAUGUACAAAUAAGAAAUCGGCCGACAGACUUGAUCUCAGCUUACGACGAGCAGAAGAAUGAUGAGUCCGAAGCUGAUCUUAAUGAAGUCGAGAUAAUCACGUCGGCGCAACAUUUUUGCGCGAUCGAAAUCAAAGAGACUAACGGUUACAAUGAAGAGACGAUUGACAAAGAUCAGAAUGAAGUGAAUGAAUCAAACACUUCGGAAUCCACUUUAGGGAACAUACAGCAUAGCGCUGAAAGCGGCGCUAUCGCCAAUGUACUAGCAGAUCCGAUUUACCUGGACACUCUGGACUCGGAUUCCAUAAAUAUUGAGUUUCAGAAACAGUCGAACACGACGGAGGUGUUUAUUCGGAACGACGAACAAAUACAAACGACCAAUUACAAUAUAUCGACAGUGACAAUACCAAAUGAAUUUUUGGAUGGACUUAAUAUUAAUAUAAAGAAGGAAGAUGACGAAGAUCACGGCACGUUAUACACCGCGGAAUGGUUGUGCGAUGGCAAUAACGACGCUAAUAUACGACUAAGAAUUUUGAAAGAUGCCAAGCAGAAUAUACAAAUUCCUGUUAAUGUCGAUACUAGUGUAAUCGCUGUAGCAAAACGUAAGUUAACAGACGGUAAAGAUAUCCAUCUCGAACAAGAAAAGGCUAAGAUAUCCAGAAGAUCAAAGAAACACGUUAGGCUAAAGUCUGCUGUGCAUCAGGAUUACAGAGAAAGAUUGAGGAAGAAAGCUGAGUGUAUGAGAGAGAAACGAAAAAAGCUGUACGAGCAGGAGAGUGAGGAGCAGCGUUUGCAGAGGUUGGCGAAGGAAGCGGCGAAGAGACGCGAAAUGAGAAUGUAUUACGAGACACCGGAACAACGGAGGAAACGACUAGAUGCUGAAGCAGCGAGAAAGAGGGAAUAUAGGAUGUACAAUGAGACGCCGGAGGAUAGGAGAAAGAGGUUGGAUCGCGAGGCUGAGAGAAGAAGAAUUAAACGAUUAUCGUUAUAUGCAAGUGAAACGCCAGAACAGAGAAGGGAAAGACUGAACAAAGAGUCGGCAAAGAGGCGAGAAGCCCGAUUGAAUCAGUACGCUAAAGAAACAGAAGAGGAAAGGAAGGAGAGAUUGCGAAGGGAUGCUCUCAGAGCCAGAGAAAUGAGGUUCACGAGAUCUGCGAUCGAGACGGAAGAGGAACGUAGGCAAAGGUUAGUAAAGGAUGCCCUUAGAAAGAGGGAGGUAAGGAUGCAUGGGGGCCAUACGGUGAACAAUAAUUUUACGGAACUCCGAACCGUUCGGAAUUUUCAAGAAUUGAACGAUGUGCAGAUAAGGGACAAUCCUGAAAAUCAAUUGGACGGCCAUUAUCUGAGCAACUGGAUGAUGUGGUUUCAAAAUACAUUGACACAACCAGUUCAUGAUGGGGAACAGGUCGCAGAGCCGCAAGCGCAACAUAAUAGAUAACUUAUGUUUUCCGUUAUGAGCGUAUCUCUAGGUCCUUCCGUACGUGAAACGUAUUAGAGAUCAAUUUGGAUAUGCUUUAUAUAUACUUCCCAUACAAUUUUCAUAUGUGAAGCGACAAAAACUAUAACGGCACAAUUAUCAUUAUGCCAAUUAUUAUUCACAACACUACGAAACUUACGAUAGCAAUAGCAGAAGAAUUAUAUAAAUUCACGUUAGAAGAAAUAAUAUUUUAUAAUAUUUGUAAACGCUGAAUGCGAGCAUGACUACACUGUUACGAUAAAAAGGGAAACCAUAUAACUUGUUUACAUUACCAAAUGUCGAUGGCAGAUAAAGUACGUAGAAAAAUCGAACAUUUUCCAAUGUUACUUGUAAUGGUUAACUGUGCGAUGAUUAUUAAAUAUCUAAAAAAAUUAUUCUACUCUCGUAAAAGAUACGAGAUAUAGCUUGAAGUAAUGCAGCGAUUACUCUUUGAUAUUAGAUUUAAGUGUGUAAAUAAAUUUUACUGGUAUGUUGAUGAAAGAAUGGGAGUUGUACAUUGAAAAACAAACAAGAGAAGCAAUUCUUGCCAGUGCCUUUUAUUCAAUGUUCAACAAAAUAUAAGCGACUAGAUUCAUCGAUAAAAAUGGCAUUUGAACAUGAGUGAAUGAUUCUGGUGAAAGUUUGACUGUCUCUUGUGCUAUCUGUAUAUAUAGUUAUUAUGUACUUCUUUCUACAGUUCCUUUGUAAUAAAUAAAAUAAUAAAUUGUGUUAUAACGCGA